CUGGGACAAAAUUUUUUCCGGCUCAUUCUUGACUGGUCGAAUAUCUCAGACAAAGGGAAGAUUCACCAUGACUUAUGACAAAGAGAAAAGAUCAUUGGUUGUGAGCAUCAGUGAGCUAACUGAGGAGGACACAGCUGUGUACUGGUGUGGAGUCCACUCUCCAAUGAAUAUGAUAACUCGAGUGGAAGCCUUGGUGCUGCAUGUGUCUCCUCUGAUUGGUUAUGAAGGAGGAGAACUGAGGGUCCGAUGCCCUUAUGAUAAAGGGUAUGAGAAGAAUAGGAAGUAUUUGAAUAGAGUGGGAUCACCUCACCAUAGUGAAUCAAAGACUCUCAUUCAGACCUCCUGGUCCCAGACACAAGCUGCAGAAGGGAGAUUCUCUCUGUCUGAUGAUGUCACUGCAACAGUCUUCACUGUGACCAUCACUGGACUCACUGCUGAGGAUUCUGGGAAGUAUGAGUGUGGAGUUAAGAGAUACGGUCAUGACGAUAUCCGUAAUGAGCUGCAGGUGUUGGUUAAACAAUUGGAGAAUAUUAUUGGAUAUGAAAACAAAAAUGCCUCCAUCACCUGCAAGUAUCAGAGGAAGGACACUGGAAGAGAUGAGUACAUGAAAUAUUUCUGCAAAGGACAAUCACCUUCAGACUGUAUAAAUACCGGUGACAAAGUUCAAUCCGGCAUGACGCUAGAAGACAGAUUCUCUCUGAGAGACGACCCAACAUCUGGAAUCUACACUGUGACCAUCACUGACUUGAGAAAAGAGGAUGCUGGGAUAUAUUGGUGUGUGGAAUUGUGUAACAAAGCAGGAUACAUCAACACCACUGCAGUGAAGGUGGAGGUAGAGCCAGAUGGUUGGGAGACAACAACAACGCUGCCAUCAGUAUCGACAAUUUCCGUUGACAAUAAAUUUCACUUUUCUGGUCCUCUUGUCAUGUUGACUUUGUGUCUGACCAUAGCAGCGCUGGUGCUUGGGAUUGCUGUCCUCAUAUGCAUCAAAUACAGAAGAAUGCGGACACAAGAACCUGCUACGUUUGUGUGCCCUAUGAACAGACGUGACAAUGCACAGAGCAUUCCAGAUUAUGAGAAUGAUACAGCAAGAGACGAUGUAGCUCCUCCCAACAUUGUGUCAAGCCCAGUCUACCAGAGCCUGAACCCCAAAACCAUGCAACCAGACUCAGCCUAUCAGAGCCUGAACCCCAACACCAUGCAACAGGACCCAGCCUAUCAGAGCCUGAACCCCAACACCAUGCAACACGACUCAGCCUAUCAGAGCCUGAACCCCUACACCAUGCAACAGGACCCAGCCUAUCAGAGCCUGAACCCCAACACCAUGCAACAGGACCCAGCCUAUCAGAGCCUGAACCCCAACACCAUGCAACAGGACUCAGGCUAUCAGAGCCUGAACACCAACACACAAUUAUAAGACUAUUAUUGUCUAUCAAUAACAUACUAAUGUGAAUUAACAAUAUAUUUGUUUAUAAACAAUUAAAGGCUACAGUCUUAAGCCAGAACUAACUGCAUUAGUGUGUGAAUCUCAGCCUCAGAACGGCUUUACCCAAU